AACUUCACUACAACACAUCAUUCAAAAAUAUAAAUUAAGAAUGGUAAUGAUGUACGUGGCAAAGAAAUUGCAACCUGAGAAAGCACAAAGCUCGUUUUUAAAUAAUUGCUGCAAUUAUAGUCAAUCAUUAUUCUGACCAAUUAUUUGACGAGAUGUCUUUAUUUUGACUCGUGAGUCUUAAAGUUUAGCAAAAAAUCAUGGAACAUUUUACCGAUAUUAUAUGGCUUUCAUUAGCCAUCGUGGGUUGUUAUAUAGCUGGAAUGUUACCUUUGUCCAUAACUUUGUCAGAGAAUAAAUUACACAUGGUAACGGUUUUUGGUGCUGGUUUGUUGGUUGGUACCCUGGCUGUUAUCAUACCUGAAGGAGUCACUGCCCUCUACGAUGGCGAUGAUAUUCAUGAACAUCACCUUGAACAUCAUGAUAAAACAACUGCUAUGUCUGAGGCUACUCAAGAUACAAGCUUUCUGACUAAAUUCACUUCUCUGCCAGAACUAGAAACUCAUGUUUACAUAGGUGGUGCUUUAUGUCUUGGGUUUGUCUUUAUGCUUAUGGUAGAUCGUUGUUGUGGAGGACAUUUUGACUUUCACUCUACGACAGAUGUUGAAAAUAAUGCACGAAAAAAUAAUGGGAAUCUUACAGCAACCAUUGGCCUUGUUGUUCAUGCUGCUGCGGAUGGUAUAGCAAUGGGUGCUGCUGCAAUUUCAUCAAAACCUGAAGUAGAGAUGAUUGUAUUUUUGGCAAUUAUGUUGCAUAAAGCACCUGCGGCAUUUGGUCUGACUACAUUUUUACUGCAACAGGGAUUGACAAGGAAUAAAAUAAGAAAACAUUUACUUGUGUUUUCUAUUGCUGCACCACUUUUGGCUAUUUUGUCAUAUAAUGCUAAUUAGUUGGAGUGGUAAAGAAAAUUUCUCAAGCACAAAGGGCACUGGUAUUGCUAUGCUCUUUUCUGCCGGGACAUUCUUGUAUGUAGCUACAGUGCAUGUUUUGCCUGUAACUGUUAGUAUAUCUCAUAAUGACAACUCAUGUGAUGGAACACAUGAUCACGAAAAAAGAAGUGAUCUAUUACCAUUAGUAAUUGGUAUUAUAUUACCACUAAUACUAACAAUCACCAACCAUCAUCAUUAGUAUAAUAGUAUGUAAAAACUACACAGUUUUUCAACUUCAGUCCUUUUAGGGUCAAGCAAUGUUUCUACAUUGUUUAAAACAUUCUGUGCCAGUUUUUAUCAACCGGGUGAAAAAUAUUAACUAAUGGCAAGCAAUGGUGAUUUAUGACAUUUCUUGUAAGACGUCUUUUGAAAAGGUCUUUAAUUUAUUUUUUGUGAAAAAAAUAGUAAGAUUACUAUCAA